CUUCUUGAUUUAACAAGUUGAAAAUCUGCUGAAUAAUUCAUGAAGAGUGGAAGGGCUGAAUCUUCCUGGAAUGAUAUACACUGUACGUACUGUGGCACAGGAGAAACUGCAAAGCUUUGUAUCAGUUGCUGCCGUUUCUGCUGCCGAUUGCAAGGUGCUGCUGCUUUUGCUGUUUUCACAGCUAUAGAAACCUCAGGCGUGCUCUGGUCUGCCAACAGCCAUCUGCCUCCCUAUGGACCCACCUUCACCAGCUACAAUCUGUGGACUCUAUUGCUGCCUACCUGCCUUGGACACUGCUGGUUUUUGGAUCCUUACUGCAAACAGCAUUUUCUGGACCUUACAGCUUGUAUGACUGAAACCUGCCUUAGAGUCCUUCAGCUGCACAGCCUCCCACGUGCUUGGUGAGGACUCCUGCAGCAGAACUUCUGACCCAGACAAGGAUGGGAUUUACAGGGCAAAGUCAAAACUGAGCUGCAUUCAGCGAGAUGCCCAACGCCUCUUCCUGGAGUGCUAGCUCGCCUCUGCUGCUGCUCUGGGAGGACUCCUCUGGGACCCGCAUCUUUCUGUCGCUGCUCUACGCAGUCUUGGCUAUCUCAGGGACUUUAUCCAAUGUGAUGGUCAUCUAUUUAGUCUUCUCCUUCAAGAAGCUGCAGACAACCAGCAAUGCCUUCAUCGUGAACGGCUGUGCAGCUGACCUGAGCGUGUGUGCCCUGUGGAUGCCCCAGGAGGCUGUGCUGGGGCUGCUGCCCCCCAAUUCCUCCUCCCUUCGCUCGGCGGAGUACCGGCUGCUCCGGGGGGGGCUCCUGGGCCUCGGCCUCACCGUCUCCCUGGCCUCGCACCUGCUGGUGGCUUUCAACAGGUACGUGCUCAUCACCAAGCUGCCCAGCGUAUACCAGGCCCUCUAUCAGCGGAGGCACACGGGCUGCAUGAUCGGGCUCUCCUGGGCCCUCGCCCUGCUCCCGGUCCCGCUGCUGCCCGGGCUCUGGACCCUGGGCUCAGCCCAGUCGGACGGCAGCUCUCGCUACACCGCCCUGCUCCUCGCCCUGGCCGUGCUGGGCCAGACCGCGCUGCUGCUCCACUGCUACCUCGGCAUCGUGCGGCGGGUGCGGGGCAGCGCCAAGCGGGUCAGCGUCCUCAACUUCCACCUGCUGCACCAGCUGCCCUUCCCCGCCGCGCCGCCGCCGCCUCGCCGCGCCCAGCGCCGCCUCAGCAGCGUCUCCGUCCUGCUGCUCUGCUGCGUGUUCCUGCUGGGCACCCAGCCCCUGGUCUGGGUGAGCCUCCUGGGCUUCUUCCUGCGCCCGGCGCCGCCGGCGCUGCAGGCCGCCAGCUGGCUGCUGCUCUGCUCGCUCUCGGCCCUCAACCCGCUGCUCUACACGUGGCGCAGCGAGGAGUUCCGCCGGGCGGCCCGCUCUGUCCUGCCCCGCGGCGAGGGCCCGGCCGCCGCCCCACGCCCCGCAGCCGCCGCCGCGGGCCCGGACAGCGCCGGGACGCCGGCGGCCGCGCGCGGGAACCCUCAGGCGCGACCCCUCAGGCCGCUCCGCCACUCCCGCCGGCGGCCACCGCCCGUCGGGCGGCCGAGCCGCCCCGGCCCCCGCCCCGGUAGCGCUUCUUCCUCUCCUGUUGCUCCUUUGUGA